GUAAAGAUCAUCUACAACGUGUGUUUCCACCCACUGCGGAAGUAUCCCGGUCCGAAGAUAUAUGCCGCUUCUCAUCUACCAUGGGGCUAUUGGUAUCGCAAGGGCGUCUGGCAUGAGAAAGUGUUGCAGCUGCACAAGCAAUACGGUCACAUCGUCCGUGUUUCUCCCGACGAGUUGUCAUUCGACAUUCCUGAAGCAUGGGAAGAAAUUUACAGUCGCGGCAACAACAAGGUUGAAAAUUACCGACCAGAGUGGUUCGCUACUUCCAAGCAAAAUUUCAUCAUCGGAGCUAAUGAGAGCGACCAUAAGAGGAUGAAGGCCGUCAUGGCGCCCUGUUUCUCUCAUGCGGCGCUGACCGAGCAGGAGCCGGUGAUCAAAAGACAUAUGGACUCAUUCAUCCGCCACCUGCAGGAAGCCACCGAUGGCGGCCAAAAGCCCGUCAAUUUGAUCCGCUGGAUCAAUUACUUGACCUUCGAUAUCAUCGGCGACCUUCUUUUUGGAGAGGGCUUCGGAUGCGUGGAAGGCGACGAAGAGAUGCGAGCGUGGCAGGAUGUCUUGAUCGUCAACCUGCAGCUGAUCCACGUCUUGGCGGUGUGUCAGCGCGUUUGGGUCUUCUGGCUCGCGAUGUCUCCUCGGAAUCUCUGGCAUCUGGUCACGAAAUUUGCAUAUUUCGACGGACUUAUAGAUGCUCGUGUGAAGGCGCGAGACGCGAAUGAAGACCGUGAGAAGACUGAUUUCCUCGACGUGAUGCGAAAGGGCAGGAAGACGGCGCAAAUGACGCCCAAAGAAUUGAGCGCGAACUCAUUCCUGCUGACGUUCGCUGGCUCAGAAAGUUCGGCCAACGCCACAGCGUCUCUUGUCUACCGAAUCGCCACGAACUCGACUCUAAGAGACAAACUCCUACAAGAGCUGCACGACAACUUCCAGCACGAAGAUGAGAUCAGUUGUGCUAAGGCAAUGGCUCUGCCGUAUCUGGCAGCUGUCAUCGAAGAGGGUCUGCGCUUACAUCCUGUCACGCCGAACGCUUUGUGGCGUAUUACUCCUAAACAGGGUAACAAAGUCUUUGGCGAGUGGGUGCCCGGAAACACGGUACUCAGCAUUCACCACCGAGCGAUGUACUACGGCGAGCACAACUUCAAGCGCGCCGAAGAGUUCAUUCCCGAGCGAUGGAUGCCGCACAGCGAUGCUUCUUCGGACUUUGCGGACGAUCGUAGAGACGCUUUCCAUCCGUUCUCCUACGGGGCGAGAAUGUGCCCGGCGAAAAACUUGGGAACCGCAGAGAUGAGUGUUAUCAUCGCACGCUUGCUGUGGGCUUUCGACAUCACUAUUGCAGAACAGAGCCUGCGGUGGCGAGAGGGUCUGCGCGGGUGGGCUUUGUGGGAAAAACGCCCAUUCUGGAUCUAUCUCAAGUCGAGGGCGAAGUAUGAAAGUGCGUAA